GUCCUAUCGCGAGCGCCAGGGUGCUCUGCGCCGGGCCGAGGGUGGGGCCAGCGCUAGUGGUUCCGGCUCGGGUCUUACAGCCCCUCGGCUCCUCGCUUUCCCCCUCCCCUCCCGCACCUCCUCUCCCGCCGGCUCCUGGGAAAGAGAGAAGCCACCACUGCGGGUGGGUAGAGAAGAGCUCGGCGACUCCGGGAGGGGACCGCUCCCGCCCUAUCUGAACCUCGGAGCAUUGCCGGACCAGGUACUCACUCCGGCUUCGACGGGGUCCGGGAGGCUGGAACCUGAAGGUUACAAAAUAUCCUCCUAUGCUUGAGAUCCACAGACUACAUGUCCUACAAGAACAAAUCAAUGAUUUUUCAUCUCCUGGAGAUACAUUAGAAACUUAACUAUGGUGCCAAAAGAUCUCCUUAAUUUUCUCUGACUACGGUUUAUUUGGAUGUAGUUUUGUAUCGAGAGAGAUAUACGGACUGAGGCUACUCGUGCAGAGACUCUGUCGUGUAGGAUCAUGGACCAUCCUAGUAGGGAGAAGGAUGAAAGACAACGGACAACUAAACCCAUGGCACAAAGGAGUACCCACUGUCCCCGACCGUCUGGCUCCUCAACAUCCUCUGGGGUUCUUAUGGUGGGACCCAACUUCAGGGUUGGCAAGAAGAUAGGGUGUGGGAACUUCGGAGAGCUCAGAUUAGGUAAAAAUCUCUACACCAAUGAGUAUGUAGCUAUCAAACUGGAACCAAUAAAAUCACGUGCUCCACAGCUUCAUUUAGAGUACAGGUUUUAUAAACAGCUCGGCAGUGCAGGUGAAGGUCUUCCACAGGUGUAUUACUUUGGACCAUGUGGGAAAUACAAUGCCAUGGUGCUGGAGCUCCUUGGCCCUAGCUUGGAGGAUUUGUUUGACCUCUGUGACCGAACUUUUACUUUGAAGACGGUGUUAAUGAUAGCCAUCCAGUUGCUUUCUCGAAUGGAAUAUGUGCACUCAAAAAAUCUCAUUUACCGAGAUGUGAAGCCAGAGAACUUCCUGAUUGGCCGACAAGGCAAUAAGAAAGAGCAUGUUAUACACAUUAUAGACUUUGGCCUGGCCAAGGAAUACAUUGACCCUGAAACCAAAAAACACAUACCUUAUAGGGAGCACAAAAGUUUAACUGGAACUGCAAGAUAUAUGUCUAUCAACACGCAUCUUGGCAAAGAGCAAAGCCGACGGGAUGAUUUGGAAGCCCUAGGCCAUAUGUUCAUGUAUUUCCUUCGAGGCAGCCUACCCUGGCAAGGACUCAAGGCUGAUACAUUAAAAGAGAGAUAUCAAAAAAUUGGUGACACCAAAAGGAAUACUCCCAUUGAAGCUCUCUGUGAGAACUUUCCAGAAGAGAUGGCAACCUACCUGCGAUAUGUCAGGCGAUUAGACUUCUUUGAAAAACCUGACUAUGAGUAUUUACGGACCCUCUUCACAGACCUCUUUGAAAGGAAAGGCUACACCUUUGACUACGCCUACGAUUGGGUCGGGAGGCCUAUUCCUACUCCAGUAGGGUCAGUUCACGUAGAUUCUGGUGCAUCUGCAAUUACUCGAGAAAGCCACACACACAGGGACCGGCCAUCACAACAGCAGCCUCUGCGAAAUCAGACUGCAUCGUCAGAGCGCCGAGGAGAGUGGGAAAUCCAGCCCAGCCGGCAGACCAAUACCUCGUACCUGACGUCUCACUUGGCUGCAGACCGCCAUGGGGGAUCAGUGCAGGUGGUUAGCUCAACCAAUGGAGAGCUGAAUGUCGAUGACCCCACGGGAGCCCACUCCAAUGCACCAAUCACAGCUCACGCCGAGGUGGAGGUAGUCGAGGAAGCUAAGUGCUGUUGUUUCUUCAAGAGGAAAAGGAAGAAGACUGCCCAGCGCCACAAGUGACCAGUGCCUCCCAGGAGUCCUCAGGCCCUCGAUUGCACCUGCAGCUCCUGCCAUUUUUCAUUGGAAGGGACUCCUCUGUGGGGGAGGGUGGAGAUCCAAACCAAAAAGAAGAAAACAGAGGCCCCCAGAAGGAGCCAGUGCGGGCAGCCAGGGCCCGGGGGGGUGUCAGUGGCCACCGCUGCCUGCCUAAAGCUCUGAGCAGGUCCCAGAGCGGCGGCCCGUCCACUGCUUGCCCCUGCGGCUGCCUGGUUGACUCUCCUUCCUAUUGUUUACAGUGAAGGUGUCAUUCACAAAAACUCAAGGACUACUAUGCUCUUCCCUCGUGUAGUUUACUCCUGGUUCUUGCCCCACCCUCAACCCUCUCCAGCAUAAAAGCUAGUGCAUUAAAGGCUAUGUCUGCUGAAGGAACUCCAGAGGGUGGGGGUGUGGCCAAGAAGGCAAGGGGAAGAUGGCAGGCCUGGGCAGGAGGAGAACCUUCUCCAACUACCAGGCGUGCCUGGCAGCAAGGCUCCCUCCUCUGUGCCUGUGCAGCCUCCAUCCCCAGCUGGCCACGGGGUGCAGGUUCCUCCCUCCCUCCCUUCUUCUGUGAAGUUACACUGUCGGACACAAGCUGUGAGAAAUCUGCAGUCUACUGUCCCCGCGUGUUGGCAUUCUUCGCUCUCUUGACAAGCGAACUCUGUUCUCCAGACGGUAGUAGGACAAUGCAAAUUGUUCUGAUCAAAGGAAAAAAAACUGACUUUAUUGCACUUUUAGUUGUUUUUUGUUUUGUUUUGUUUUUUAACAAAAAACACAGCAGAUGCAUAUUGUGUCUGGUUAUAUCGGGAGUUUUACUUUUUUCUGUUUUGAGGGGGAUGGGGCCAGCCAAGCCAUUCAGAGAGAACAUGGGUCCAGAGGACAUUCUCAGUGGAAAAAGUUGGGUCUGCAGCACCCAGAAGAGAAGAAGCCAAACUCUGUGUCAUUCUGAGUAAACACUCAGGUUGGCAAGGAAACAUACUUGAAUUUUCCUCAUCUUCUCAACUGCUGAAGAAUGUCCCUCCCAGAGCCUCUUGACCUCAUCAGCCUACAGUUUGGACUGCCUUGCUCUCCAGCACAUGGGAUAAGCCAGACUGUGACCAGGAGAAGAUGUUUGACAAAAAAAUUGGAAAUAAUCGGUUUCCUCCACUGCCAGGGACUUCCAACUAGAUAGCCAUGUGACUUCCUUAGUGACUUGGGGGACAAAAUUCGUGAUGAAAGAGCCACCACCAUAUUGCCACUAGUGGACAAGAAGAGGAGCAAAGUGAGCCUGCCUUCCAACUGCCAGAAGAACCUCAGGAUUUGGCAUAGGGCCAGUGAAUAAAAUCAGUGUGUACUGUCUGCCCCAGUAGCUGAGUGAUAGCAUUUGGUCUGGCCUGCCUUACCAGAAACCAAGCACCUGCAGAUCUUCUUCCAGUAGGUCCACAGCAGCAGGCUCCAGACUGAGCAUGUGGAGCUGUCGUGAACAGGAGAAUAAGAUUGAUUGGUGCUGGAAAAUUCCAGGGGAAAGGAUAUUGAAAUGAAAGGUCUGAAAUUAUUUUCUCAAUUGGAUGUAGACUCCUUCCAAAUAAGAUGGCCGCAUAUCGAGAGCAUGUUUCCCCAGUCCACUAUUUGCCUUCCCGUGUGGGAUGGUCACCUAACCUACUACCAUGAAGGGUCUUGAUUCUUCAUUCACUUCUUGGAAAGUCAUCAAUGUAUGGAGUUAAUCUUAUUGUGCUCAAUUUUCAUUUGAGCUCAGUGGCUUAUGCAAACAGUGACCUCAUUCCAGAUGUGAUAGAGGAGAAAGAAUCACUUACGUCAGGGAACAAGGCCUUGUGUCUGGGAGUAGAGAGAGCUAACUGUGGAGGACCAGUGGCUGGUGACUGAGUCUGGUGGUUUUGGGAACACAAAUCAUUUGCCUCUGGCUUGAGGUAGUGGGCCAUCUUUUGGACUGGAGGAUGUGGGGAUACUUUCCGGUAGUUGGCAUGUCUUGACAAGUCCCUUGAUGUAUCUCACAUGGAGCAGAAAUAGCAGUUGCAUGGAUCAGAGUUAUUGGACUUCAACUGUUCCAUUGGGCCUUGGCUAGGAAGUAUCACUUUAUUGGCUUCAGACCUGCUUAGCUCAUGUGUAGAUUGUAAUCUUUCAUUUCUUUAAAAGAAAAUUUCCUGUAUACAAGACAGAGUGGCUGGGAGACACACUGUCACAUCCCUUUUCCACAAGGAUUUUGAAUAUUGCUUCCUCGAUAUUACCUAGUGGUUAAGGCACCAUCAUAGAAACAUUUCUCAGAUGGCACUUGGGCAACUCAAACUUGCUUGUAUAGAAACUUUAACUUCCUUAUACCUUGUCUAGAAAAAGCCUUGUCUCUCAAAGGAGGGCAAGGGGAAAAUGGUGACAAAGCCUCUAGCAUCCUGGCACUCCAUACCCACUAAGUGCCUCCCCACCUCUGCUUCCACAAAAAAGCAAAGGCAGUGACCAGCUUGGCUCAGGGCAGGUCCCCCUGCAGCUGGGUUUGUGACUUUUUUUGGUCUUAAAUGUUUUUAAAGGCUAGCUCUUGAGGGGUUUAAACCUAAGCAGUUAUGGGGGGGGGGGUCCUUCCUAAUGCACUGUUCUUUCUUUCCCCCCCACAAAUCUCUUUACUAGGUAUUUGAUUUUCAUAACAAAGGGUCAUGGUGAUUCUUCCAAGGCCAUUAGCACUCCAAGGUGGUCCCAGACCCCUGAGAGAUUCUAUUGUGAUCUUCCUGAAAAUUAAAAAGUAAAUAAGAAAGACUACCUAAGGAAUAAUUUGGCCAUCAGUACCAUCCCCACCAGCACAUCAGGGCUCCCGGCCUCAAGCCGCUUGCUCUAGUUGCUUAGCGCUGUGCCUCAGCCAGGCCCCCGAGGCUGGGCACUCCCUCCACCCACCAGCCACCCUAGUCCACUCACUGCAGUUUUUUGAUCUUUCUCCAUUUCACAACAUGGUGCCUAGGGAUCUUUUUCUUUGGGAUUGAUGCAGUUGCUUCUGGGUUAGCAGUAAGUACUAACAGCAUCCGUUCAUUAAAAAAAACCCUUAAUAUAUGCCACCAGGAGUUCUCCUGAGCCCUGCGCCCCUCUGGCAUUGCAUCCUGAGCAGAUUGAGGCAUAAACGGUCCUUCUCGUAUACCAGAGGAUGAUGUGUGUCUGCGCAGUCAGGCCUUGUAAGGGUUGACCACUUGCCACACACACCCUGCCAUUUCCCAGGGAUCUCACUCUGGACUCCUCUGCAAGGGAGGGCCGUGUUCCAGCAGCUGCUGUGCUCUCGUGACCGCCUUCAUGAACAUUUCUGCUGCACUGGGUCUGUCUAGGAGUAAACAGGGUCUAAGAAGGUACAAGUAAGGGACUAGGCUGACCUCCAGUUAAAGCUUCAAUUCACUCUGGAUAGGCUGACCUCCAGUUAAAGCUCCAAUUCACUCUGGAACACGGGGGCAACAGGAGACGGCAAGAUCCUGGGGUUUUCAUAGUGGUGUUGAUUUGCCUGUUUAUGUCCAUGAACUGCGGGUACAAAGAAACGGCCCCUGCCGGCAGCCGGAAGAGGGUCCAUCACCUCGAUAUCCCAACUUAGUUCACUGGAAGUGUGCACUGAUGGUGCAUAUUCAGUGUUGAUUCUCAGUGUGAGUAACCAUCUUUAAGGUCAGAAAUAUGCAGUGAUGGUAACGUCUGUCGGAGUGGUUACUAAAGAUCAUAGCCUUAACUUUUUGUAUGCAAAAGAUAGAACUUAUUCCCCUGCUCAGUGAGCAAGCAUGGCCUGUGUUUCUCAAAAACAAGUUCUUCCAUGGCAGCCCAGAAAGCAUCGCAAAGGAACUUACUCUUCUGAUGCAUCUCUUCCGAUUUCACCUGCCUCCUGUGUGACCCAGUCACCUCUUCCAUUUUCAUAUUAAAACCAGUUCUGCAUCCCCAGUGAGUUGCCCUGACAAUGUCGUCUCCAGUGUCAGCCGCGUUGGGGCUGGAGUCCCUCGGAUUGGGAGCUUGCAGCACCACCCGGCCAACAUUGCCUUUGCCAGUCCACUGCCGCCAUCCCCACCAUUGCCCUAAGGUGCGCAGCUGAGUCCCAACAACUGUUAGCCAGCGUGAUGAGGCACCCCAUCCGGAUUGGCCAUCUGAGCGACAGGCACUUGUCUCUGAGGUUCUUGCUUUUGCCAACUCUAGGCCUCCGGGAAAGCCCUGUCUAGAGAUUGAUGGCCAGGGACUCCCAGUCUUCCCUAUGAUGGGUCAGCAGGAAUUGAAAUGAGAUUCCUAUGGUUUUGUUGUCUUGUUUGGGGGAGGGGGGAGGGGGAGAGGGAGGGGUGGCUUUGUUUCUGAAUAAGAAAAAGAGGAAACCACGGCCCUUGUGAGGGUUUGCAGAGUUUUGAGCAGUUUUUAGCCACAAAUAAAGAAUCUUGGAAGUCUUCGAUCAAUUAAGCAGUCUUAAAAACAUGUUUCUCAUAACUCCUUUUGCAGGUGACUGAGUGCAAAAGAAUAGGUUUCUCCAUUGUAUUCAAAAUAGUAAGUAGGUUCCCUGGAUACAGACAGUAGUAGUUGACACAUUUCCUCAAAAAGCAACCAGGACGUCCACUCCAGUAUUUGUAGAUCAGCUUACAAAGGAAAAAGUGAACGUGUACUCCGUAUGUUUUUAGUUUCGUUACCAAACUUGAUGUUCUAAAGAAACCUCAGUUCUGUGGACAGAAUUUCUUUUGUUACUUUCCUCCUCUUUCUCUUCACAAUCAUAUUUCCAGUGCCAUCACCACCUUCAGAGUCUCAGAGCAGAGGGUUAUCCAUGGUAAUAAGUGGGGGUGCCGUGCACUCAUCCCAAUAACACACACAAGAGGACAGCUGUCCCGACUGCCUCUUCCCUGCAAACCCCCUCUUUCAGGGCAGGUGAGACAUUUUCAGUAUUCUUCAUGAGCUCCAGACCAAAUCCCAGGCCAGCCCUUGCACCGAAAGCUUUUUUUUAAGAGGCUUGUCAAUCUGUUAGGAUCGUCUCAGGAGAGAUGCGCCAUUUCUUUGGGGGGAAAUAGAUUUACAGAUGGGUGUGUGUGGUUGCCUUGUAUGCCUGUGUGUGUGUGUGUGUGUGUGUGUGUGUGCGCGCGCGCGUGCACACACUCGGGCGCUCGGGCGUGUUCUCAUCUGUGCAUUUCACUUCCAUAAAGACACAGCCCAGGCUGCUGGGACCACGUGUUACUGAAUAUUCUCAGAAGUAAACAGGUAACAAGUGAGCUUCUCAAAUUAGUGUCACAGCAAGCUGGCUCUAGGAAUGAGCCCCAUUUAUCGAGCAGAAGAGUAAACAGAAAAGAUAGAGAUGAAACCAAAAAUAUAACCACCCCAAUGGAAAAUAAUGUUGAUUCAUCAGUUCCCAUUGGAUAUAUUACAUGCUCUAAUUUAUUAUUUUUUUGUUUCUUUAAUCUUUCCCCAUUGUACUUUUAAAAAGAUGUUGGGAUGUUGACUGCAAUUUUUUUAAGACUAGAUGAUGUAUAAAUCAGCUGUGGAAAUCAGUUUUAAUUGCUGUGUGGAUGUGUCUGAUUAUUGUUAAAUGCCUUUUUUUUUUUUUUUUACUUUUUAUUUUAGAUAUGUGAUGUUGUUUCAUAAACCCUGGCACUGGUCACAAAGCUCAGCUGUGAAAAAUGAAACUUGUAGUAUUUUUAAACAUGAAUGUCAAUUUCAAGUGUAUUUGAAAUGGUUCCUCCGGGAGAGAGAUUUGUACACCAUUAGGAGAAACUCCUCUGCAGAGGAAGUAGCCUUUUUUGGAAAAAAUGGAAAAUGGGUCUUGAUAUGUUAUCUCAGAGUAGCCCAUUUCCUAGGGCACCAUGGAAAACACAAAUGUGAUCUUUAAGUAUACCUCUUCCCCAAUUUGGGGAAGAAAGGACUCAGUUUGCACCCUUUUUGUAUGUAAAAUAAAAUGUCUUACCUUUCUUGACUAAUUUUCUUUGGUUAGUUGGUUGGU